UGUCCCUCUCUCUAUCCCUCUGUCCCUCUCUCUAUCCCUCUGUCUCUCUGUCUCUCUGUCUCUCUGUCUCUCUGUCCCUCUGUCCCUGUCCCUCUGUCUCUCUGUCCCUGUCCCUCCGCCUCCGGCGCGGCCGCUCCGGGGCCAGCGCAGAGCCCGCCCCGUGUCAGGCACGGCAGCAGCGCAGCUCCCCCGGCUCCGGGCAGGAUUGCUGCUCUGCUGCUGCUCUGCUGCUGCUCUGCUGCUGCUCUGCUGCCGCUCUGCUGCUGCUGCCGCCGGCAGCGGCUCCGAUGGGCAGUGCCGGAGCCCGGAGCAGCCCCGUGCGGGUGGCUCCGGCUGCCCCGGGCUGCCCGGGCCGGGCGGGCUCUCGGUGCCGGGGCUCUCCGUGCUCUCCGUGCCGGGGCUCUCCGUGCUCUCCGUGCCGGGGCUGCGGCUCCCCGGGACCAUGAAUUCUCCUGCUCGCACUGCCCGCGGCUCUGCAGCCACUUCGCGGGUCCAGAGAUGACUUUGAGCUGACUCGCCGAGGGACACGACCCCAGCUUGCUAUGGAGGAUGAAUUUUAAGAUGAAUACCUACCUUGGCGAUACAUCCAAUACAUCAAUACCGGGAUAUUUCAAAGGCUCUGCACUAAAUUAUGGCAAUUUUUCUGCAAACAACUCCAACGAGACAGGUAGCGACCUGGAUUCACCUGCCUUGGCCACCAGCAGGGCGAUCAUUGUGGGGCUGAUCCUCGGUGCCUUUAUUCUCUUUGCUAUCAUAGGUAAUAUCCUGGUAAUUCUCUCAGUGGCUUGCAACAGACAUUUAAGAAUCCCUACGAACUAUUUCAUCAUUAACCUGGCCAUAGCAGACCUGCUGCUGAGUUUCACUGUCCUGCCGUUCUCUGCCACGCUGGAAGUGCUUGGCUACUGGGUUCUGGGGAGGAUAUUCUGUGACAUCUGGGCAGCAGUGGAUGUGCUGUGCUGCACGGCCUCUAUUUUGAGCCUGUGUGCGAUUUCCAUCGACAGAUACAUCGGGGUGCGGUACUCCCUGCAGUACCCCACGCUGGUCACCAGGAGAAGGGCGAUUUUAGCUCUCCUGGGUGUCUGGGUCCUGUCCAUGGUGAUUUCCAUCGGGCCUCUGCUGGGCUGGAAGGAGCCGGCCCCGCAGGACGACAGGGAGUGCCGGAUCACCGAGGAGCCCUUCUACGCCCUCUUCUCCUCCCUGGGCUCCUUCUACAUCCCUUUAAUCGUCAUCCUCGUCAUGUACUGCCGGGUCUACGUCGUGGCCAAAAGGACUACCAGGAACCUGGAAGCUGGGGUGAUGAAGGAAAUGUCCAACUCCAAGGAGCUGACCUUACGGAUUCACUACAAGCACGUUCACGAGGACUCCUUGAACAACACCAAAUCCAAGGGUCACAACCCCAGGAACUCCUUAGCUUUCAAACUGUUAAAAUUCUCCAGAGAAAAGAAGGCGGCCAAGACGUUGGGAAUUGUGGUUGGCAUGUUCAUCCUGUGCUGGCUCCCCUUCUUCAUUGUCCUGCCACUGGGAUCCCUGUUUUCGGCUCUGAAGCCCCCUGAAACGAUCUUCAAGGUGAUUUUUUGGCUUGGCUACUUCAACAGCUGCUUGAAUCCCAUCAUCUACCCCUGCUCCAGCAAGGAGUUCAAGAGGGCUUUCAUCCAGAUCCUGAGAUGCCAGUGCCACCGGCGCAAGCAGCUGGGCUGGUGGCCCUACAGCUACAGAAACUGGAACCGCUGCUCCCUGGAGCACGCCCGGAGGGAUUCCCUGGAAGACAGCGGCAGCUUCCUGAGCGGCAGCCAGAGGACUUUAUCCUCGGCAUCGCCCAGCCCCGGCUACGUGAGCAGGAUCAGCCAGCCGCAGCUGGAGCUGUGCACGCUGCACGAGUGCAGGAACUGCAGCUCCCUGCUCAGCCCGGCCCGGGAGGGCGGCGGGCAGCAGGGCCACUGCCAGUUCUUCACCUUCCAGCCCCUGCCCGAGAGCAACGGGCACGGCCCCCAGGGCUCGGGGCGUGAGCCCACGGGCACGCCCUGAACGGCGGCGCUGCCCGCAGGGCGAGCCCCGCUGGAAGCGGCGGUUCCGAGCGCUCCGUGCCCUCCGGACACUGCCCUGCCUCACGCCAGGCCCGCGGGAAGCCGUGGAGCCGUGCUGGAUCCUCAGGAGAGCUCGGGAAGGGAGCAGGGAGGGACGGGGGCUUCGUGUCACAGCAGUGCCCAGGGCAGGGAAUGCCCGUAUUCCCCGUGAAUUCCCAGAGAAACCUUGUGAGCGUGAGCAGAGGGCGGGGAGGGUGCUGCACACGCCCUGGGAGGGGCACGCGGGACCCCUCAGGUGUCCCGGGAGAGCUGAACAGCCACACACACCUGUAUGGAGACAGCGUGAAAUGGGGUGGGCAGGGGGGGCCCAGCUGUGCCAG